AUGGCCGCAAUUGCUGAAAACUCGUCCAAUUCCUUGGACCCCAAUCACUCUGGCGGUGCUGCGGGUGACAUUCCCAACGACGGUACAGGUGUUGUGAAGCUCGAUCCUUGGCUGGAGCCCUUCAGCGAAGCCCUCAGAAGGCGCUUUUCUAAAACUCAAGAUUGGAUCAAGACCAUCAACGACACCGAAGGUGGCCUUGAGAAGUUCAGCAGGGGCGCUGAGAAAUUUGGCUUCAACGUCGAUGCUAAUAACAACAUUGUCUACCGUGAAUGGGCGCCUAAUGCCACUGCGGCGUUCCUCGUCGGCGACUUUAAUAACUGGGACCGCAAUGCUCAUCCCAUGACCAAGAACGAUUUCGGCGUCUUCGAAAUCACAAUUCCUGCCCAAGAUGGACAGCCUGCCAUUCCUCAUCUUUCCAAAGUCAAGAUCUCGCUCAACUUGCCCAAUGGCGAGCAUGUCGAUCGACUUCCGGCUUGGAUCAAGUACGUGACACAGGAUUUGUCUGUGUCUCCCGCAUACGAUGCUCACUUCUGGAACCCUCCAGCCUCCGAGACAUACAAGUUCAAAAAUGCUCGGCCCAAGAAGCCUGCAAGUGUUCGUGUGUAUGAGGCGCAUGUCGGAAUCUCCAGCCCUGACCAGCGGGUUGCGACUUACAAGGAGUUUACAAAGAACAUGCUUCCACGAAUUAAGAACCUAGGUUACAAUGUGAUUCAACUGAUGGCUGUGAUGGAACAUGCGUACUAUGCCAGCUUUGGCUAUCAAAUCAACAACUUCUUCGCUGCUAGCAGCCGAUACGGUACUCCCGAGGACCUCAAGGAGCUCAUUGAUACCGCUCACGGCCUCGGAAUUACCAUGCUACUCGAUGUUGUUCACAGCCACGCGUCCAAGAACGUGCUCGAUGGCAUCAACGAGUUUGAUGGCACCGAUCACCAUUACUUCCAUGGUGGCGGCAAGGGCCGACACGAUCAAUGGGACAGCCGGCUUUUCAACUACGGUCACCACGAGGUGAUGCGGUUCUUGCUGAGCAACUUACGUUUUUGGAUGGACGAAUACCAGUUCGACGGUUUCCGAUUUGACGGAGUUACCAGCAUGCUAUAUGUUCAUCAUGGAAUGGGCACGGGCUUUUCUGGUGGUUAUCAUGAGUACUUCGGCGCAGAUGUUGAUGAGGAGGCUGUUGUCUAUAUGAUGCUUGCAAAUGAAAUGCUGCAUGAACUCUACCCAGAGGUCAUUACCAUUGCUGAGGAUGUGUCUGGUAUGCCGGCACUUUGCCUGCCACUUUCUCUUGGUGGCGUUGGAUUCGACUACCGCCUUGCCAUGGCCAUUCCUGACAUGUGGAUCAAGAUUUUGAAGGAACUCCAGGAUGAUGAAUGGGACAUUGGCAACAUCUGCCAUACGCUUACCAACCGUCGACAUGGCGAGAAGACUAUCGCCUAUGCUGAAAGCCACGACCAGGCGCUUGUUGGUGACAAAACUCUCAUGAUGCAUCUAUGUGACGCUGAAAUGUACACCAACAUGUCUACUCUGUCGCCACUGACUCCUGUCAUUGAUCGCGGUAUGGCGCUCCACAAGAUGAUUCGACUUGUGACACAUGGCCUAGGAGGAGAGGGAUAUCUGAACUUUGAGGGUAACGAGUUUGGUCACCCUGAGUGGCUCGACUUCCCGCGUGAGGGCAACAACAACUCAUUCUGGUAUGCUCGACGACAGCUCAACCUCACGGAUGAUCCCUUGCUCCGAUACAAGUUCCUUGAUCACUUUGACCGGUUGAUGAACCAGGCUGAGGCCAAAUAUGGUUGGCUCCAUGCGCCGCAGGCGUAUAUCUCAUUGAAACAUGAAGGUGACAAAGUUAUUGUGUUUGAGCGCGGCGGUCUGGUCUUUAUCUUUAACUUCCACCCAACCAACAGCUUCAGCGACUACCGUAUCGGAAUUGAAGUCGCAGGAACUUACCGUGUCGUUCUCAACACAGAUAGCAAGGAUGUUGGUGGUCACAACCGGGUUGAUGAGAACACCCGAUUCUUCACUACCCCUAUGGAAUGGAACAACAGGAAGAACUGGACUCAUAUCUAUAUUCCCUGCCGAACUGCUUUGGUCCUGGCUCUUGAGUCAACAAUUUCUCAGCAGUCCUGA